AUGACGGUGGAUGGUCGCCGACCUCCAGUCGUUCAUGGACAUCACAGAUCGACAGUAAAACCUUUGGUUAUCAGAGACGUUACUGACACUCUUGUCAAGAAGGUUGUUGAUUUUAUGGAAGACUUACCAAUUAAACCUGCUUUACAAUCUGGAAUUGAUGGGAAUUCUUCAAAGAUCAAUACAGCUAAGAAUGCGGAGAUUGGUUCUAAAGUUACUUCUGUUUUGGGUAGUAAUAUCCCUUUCCCAGUUUGCAGUAGAGAACUUCAGAAGCAAUGGUCUAGAUUUGGAAAUUUUCACCUUACAACCUUUGGUCUUGACUGGAUUCUCUAUUCCUUUACAAAGCCGGAAGCAGUUGAAGAAAUCCUAGAAGGAGGACCUUGGUUUAUAGGAGGCAAUAUCAUUGAGUUGGAUAGAUGGUACCCCAAUGUUUCACCUGAAUCACUCAAAGGACUUACAGCUCCUAUUUGGAUUCGUAUGCCUAACCUUCCAUUGCACUGUUGGGAUGAGCAAAACAUUUAUAGAAUUGCUUCCAAGAUUGGUACUCUAAUUUAUCUUGAUGGAAAUUCAUUUAAAUGGGGAAAAAGGGAAUAUGCCCAUGUUUGUAGUUGUUUAAACUUGGAUAAGAAAGUUCCUAAUUCAGUUUGGAUAGAAGGAAUGCAUGGUAGAUCCUUCCAAAAAGUAGUAUAUGAGAAGAUUUCUUCUCUAUGCUAUCAUUGUGGCAAAUUGGGUCAUUUAAAGAACCAAUGUUCUUUAAUCAAUAAUUCUACUUCAAAAACUGCUGCUCCAAAUUCUAAUUUUAUUGAGAAGAAUAUAAAUCAAGGAGAAGAUAAUGCCAAUGACCAAGAUGAACCCUACCUUGGAUACAGGUCAAGUUCAGGAAAAAUAGGGCUGCGGGAAAAACAGCUUAAACAGACAACUGUUUCUCAAAUCUACCUUCCAAUACAAGCAAAUCUGAUCAUAGAAGAAGGAGAGAUUAUUGAACAAAAUGCUUCUCAAGUAUUAGAAUCUAAAGCCAUCUAUUCCACAUGGGAGAACAAAAAUAAAGAAGUAAUGCUGAAAAACAGUUUCAGAAUUUGUGAAGAGGAAGUGCAGAAUUUUUGUUUUGAAGGCUCAAAGGGAAAUGGAUGUUCUACAGAGUUGGUUAAAACAAAUUCUGAUAAAGAAGUUUUGAAGGAUCCGGCUAAUUCCAUUUCUAUUAUGACAACAUAA